GACAGAUUGCAGGACCACAGCUAAGCCUGGCAAGGUGAACAUAGGGCAUCAGUCUGCCCACCUCACUUAUGCGGCGACAGGGUCCUACAGGUGGCACUGGAAGAUGAGAAUCAGGCGGCAUUCAUAAGAAGCCUGCUGACCUCGCUGCCGCUUCACCUGUGGAGGCCUGCCACGGCGGAGGACAUUCAACCUGGCCCACAAGUCCAUAUGCAGGUGCCAGGUGGACAGCUGCAGCAACUGGAAUGGGGUCUUCAGGAUCACGCAGUCCAGCACAGGACGCUGACAGCGAAUGUCCACUCUCUGCUGAAGAUGCAGGUGCCUGGCAUCAACACACUGUCUCUGGACAGUUACAAUUACACCACCUACCACCCGGCUGACCAGAUCACAAAAUGGAUGAUGGAGGUGGCACUGCGCCACCCAGAUGUGGUCCAGCUGGACCUGCUCGGCCAGACAUAUGAAAAGAAGAACAUCUUGUACUUGAAGAUUGGAAACAGGUCUGAGCAACCCAAGAAGAUCAUCUGGAUGGACUGUGGCAUCCAUGCCCGCGAGUGGAUCUCCCCCGCCUUCUGCCAGUGGUUUGUCAAAGAGAUCCUGCAGACUUACAAGUCGGAUGCCAAGGUGGGCCGCUACCUGCAGGACAUGGACUUCUACAUUGUUCCGGUGCUGAACAUCGAUGGGUACAUAUACUCAUGGCAGACAAACCGACUCUGGCGAAAAUCUCGAUCCAUCUACCCGGGCAAUGCCUGUCUUGGCACAGAUUUGAACCGCAAUUUCAACUCAACAUGGUGCAGUGUUGGCGCCUCGAGAGACCCCUGCUCGGAGACGUAUUGCGGACCGCUGGCAGAGUCCGAGAGCGAAGUGAAGGCCGUUGCCGACCUUGUGAGGAGCCGCAAGGCAGACAUCGUGUGCUUCUUCACCAUCCACUCCUACGGUCAGCUGAUCCUGAUGCCCUACGGCCACCCGGACAAAAACGCAAGCAACUUCAAAGAGUUGCUGGACCUUGGACUGCAGGCUGCAGAGGCCAUUAAAAAGAAGCAUGGCACCGCAUACAGGGUGGGCCCUCCAUCUAGCAUCCUGUAUAACAACUCAGGUUCCUCACGGGACUGGGCAAGAGACAUGGGCAUACCCUUCUCCUACACCCUAGAGCUGCGUGACAAUGGCACCCAUGGCUUCCUGCUGCCCGAGGAACAGAUUGAAGCGACGUGCCAAGAGGCUCAGGCUGGCGUGAUGCUCAUCGUCGAGUCUGUGCAUGCAAAGUACUUCAGUGGUGCCACGGCGCUGGCAUCUCUGUGGCACCAUAUCACUGCGUCAUACGUGGCUGGCUGGGCGCUGACAAGGGGCAACCUGUAGGCAGCAACCAUUAAAGCAGGGAUGAGGGAGCUUCCAGUCUGCCACCCACUGGCCCAUGUGGCACACCUUUAAUCACAGGAGGCACCCUCUUACACUUGUGCCCAUCUGCCAGUUGGACCCCCCUAACCUUCUCGUGACCUCCAAAGCCCCACUGCGGCGUCCCGCCCCUUUCUCUCCAGGUGUUAUGCUGUCAAUCAUCGCUUAUUGCCUUUGUCUCUCAUUGUGAUUGGUGGAACAGCUGCUGGCUCCUCCCACCCCAUCUUGUCUCUCACUCUGCUGUGCUUUCUCGAGAGAUGUAAAGGCGCUAUAUAGUGCAUUUGACUAUGGGGGGGGGGGUUCUUUUGUUUUCUCUGCAUUAAGUAGUCGCAUGUUUUCCAUUAUUCUGAAUUGUCGCAUGCCAUUGUAAUCAAAUCGUAAUCUACCAGAACAAAUAAACUAA